AUGUUUGGCUCCUUACACCAGAGGGUUGAAGUUUCCCGCCUCCUGAAGAGCAGAGGUAGUGGCCACAUGCUGAGGCCGAGCCUGUGGAAUGAACCGCUCAUUAUCACACUCCCGAGCAAAAUGGCCGGAAGCUGUCGCAGCUCUGUGAACUCAGAGUUUGCCGUUAGGCUAGUUACACCACUCCAAACAAUAAAAGUGUCUGCUGUUUGGGAGCUGUUGGGGCCCUUCCCCAAAACUACUGAUGGCUAUCAGUACAUAUUUACAGCCACGGAUUAUUUUUCAAACUCAAUCAGAAACCUGUUCCCCAGCUCUCUGCUGUUGUGGGCACAAGCCUCUAUGAAAUUUCCAGAAGAGGCUCACUGGAUCUGCCCCAUAAAGACUGGAGGCCACUGGGUGUUAGUGGUCGUCCUCAUGGAGGAUAAAUCAGUAUUGCUCAUUGACCCCAUGGGAAACGAGGCCCUUUACAAAACAAACAUCCUCAAAAACUGGAGGAAGUUUCUGAGGCAGGCGAAUAGAGGCAGUGAGCUGAACGACUCGAAGGGGAGCGGGAAGGGGCUGAUCCAGAACCACAGUGAGUCGUUCACUGCUCGUACGGCUCGUACUAGCAGGCGCGGGCAGGCAGGAAGGAGGACGUUACGGUGA